AUGGUUCUCCCCACUACGGACCCGGACAUCGAGACCCUGUUCAAGGACAAGGCGAAGACUCGCGUUCUCGAGGAUCUGGACGGCUCGACCGUGUUCGCGCCGUGGGAUUACGGGAAGACUGUGUUCUACGGCCGCAGCAACGCCGAGAAGAUGGCGAUCAUGGCCGUCAACAGCGUCCUGGUGAUGGUCGAGGGAGGCCCCGGCGCGCUGAAGGAGGCCCUCGGGUGCCAGCAGAACGGCCACUGGGUGGUCCCGGUGCGCUGCACCGGCGGGGCGACGACCAACGCCGAGGUGGGGCGACAGAGCCCGUUCAAGGACCUGCUGCGCCUGGCCUCGAAGAAGGACCCCCUCCGAGGCGAAGUGGCGCUGGGUGCUGGAGGCCCAGCGGGCCUGGGAGCUGCUCGACGCCGCGGAGGAGACCGACCCUGCGAAGGUUGCCGACGCGGUGGUGACCGUGGUGAACCAGCUUUUCUGCAAGCAGCGCGAGCUGAAGGAGUGCAGCCAGAUGGCGACCGGCGUGGGAAGCGUCGCGAACCGCCCACCGGGGCUGCAGGAGCUGGAGGACGACGUGGACGAUCUCAUCUCGUUCGCCAGCGACUUCAAGGCGGUGGUCCUCUUCAGCGGUUUCGGGGCGAAAGCGCAGUACGGCAACAUGGAAGAGGUCGAGGAGAUAGUCAAGCAGAUCGUCAGCGACCUGGACGAUGCCUACGACGAGGACCGGAUUGGCUGGUCUUGUACGGUGGCAGCCCCUACCUGAAAGACGUUAAGACCAUCGCGCACGCGGUCCGUCUACUCCACGAGCGGUACGGCAAGACGGUGUUGGCAGUGCAGUGCGACUUCUAUGGCAAGGAGAUGCUCGCUCCUCCGAGCAAGGAGGCGUACGCCCAUAUGGCGGACGGAGCCCUCUACAUGUAUCCGACAGAGACCGCGCUCGACGAGCACUUUCACAAGAAGAUAUUAUUCGGCGGCUACUAUCGCUUCUGCGGGGACAAGCAGGAGAAGCUCUGCGGUGCCUCCAAAGUGUGGUAUGGGCCAGAGCUUGCGGAGUUGGACAUGAUCUCCGCCCACGUUGUCAUCGGAGGGGGGUCCCUCGCCGCGGACGACGCAAACGAGAGCUACCAGCAGCGCAUUCCAACGUUUUACGCCCGCACGAGAUUGCGGAGCACCCGCCAGCGCAGGUCUUGA